CUGCCGCUAAUUACAAAAGAAGAAGAAGAAAAGAGUGUGACGUCACUCGGAAAGAUGGCAGCUUCCGUCGGUGCAACGCUGUUUCUAUAAAACACAUUUACUUUGAGACUUGUGGAGAAUACUCUGUUAAAACACAGCGUUUAUUUAGCCUCACAUCUUACCGGUAGUGUUGUAACAGUUGUGGUGGAGAUGAAGACCUUCUGUGGAAGAGCCAACCCGAGCACCGGAGCUCUAGACUGGGUGGAGGAGAGCGAGGACUACGACUACCACCAGGAGAUAGCCAGGUCCUGUUAUGCCGAUAUGCUUCAUGACCAUGACAGGAAUAUCAAGUACUACCAGGGUAUCCGGGCAGCUGUAGCCAGAGUAAAGGCUCGUGGUGAGAAGGUUAUUGUCCUGGACAUCGGCACAGGAACAGGCCUCCUGUCCAUGAUGGCCCUCACUGCUGGAGCUGACUUCUGUUAUGCUGUGGAGGUUUUUAAGCCCAUGGCUGAGGCGGCGCAGUGCAUUGUGGAGAAGAACGGCUUCUCUGAAAAGAUCAAGAUUAUUAACAAACACUCCACUGAUGUCACUGUGGGGCCAGAUGGAGAUAUGCAAAUGAAGGCCAAUGUUCUGAUCACAGAGCUGUUUGAUACGGAACUGAUAGGUGAAGGAGCCCUACCCAGCUAUGAACAUGCUCACCAAAACCUUGUCCAGAAGGUUUGUGAGGCGGUCCCUCACCGGGCCACUGUCUACGCCCAGCUGGUGGAGUCGGAGCUGCUGUGGAGCUGGGCUCAGCUGCAGCCGGUGGAGGUGGAAGGGGCCCGCCUGGCCCCGCCGCCCGCUGUGGGCCACUGUGCUGGAGCUCAUUCAGUGUGUGACAUCCAGCUGAGCCAGGUGUCUCCUCAAAGCUUCACCCCGCUUGGUCCUCUCUGCACCAUGUUCAGUGUGGAUUUCAGUAAGCCAGUAAGCAGCGCAUUCCAAUCCCACUGCUCCCAGUUUGUGGCUCAGUCCGGCGGUCGGGCCCAGGUGGUCCUAUCUUGGUGGGACCUCGACAUGGAUCCCAGUGGAAGCAUUGUGUGCACCAUGGCUCCCAGCUGGGCGUACCCACAGCCAAAGACGGCUCCGUGGCGGGAUCACUGGAUGCAGAGUGUGUACUUCCUGCCUGUGGAGAGCAGCGUGACAGAAGGAGAGGAGCUGAGUCUGACUGUCUGCCAUGAUGACUACAGUCUGUGGUACAGCCUGCAGUCUCACAGCCAGCAGGACUCACAGACCGAGGCUCUUCUCUCUCGGCCCUGUUGUACCUGCCAGGCUCACAUGGUUUGGACUCGACCGCGUUUCGGUGAACUCAACGACAGACGGCGCACAGAGAGCUACAUCAGUGCACUGCGCAGCGUUCUGAGGGAGGACAGUGUGUGUCUUGGCAUCAGUGAUGGAAGUCUGCUCCCUGUGUUUGCUCACAUGAUUGGAGCCAAGAAGGUCUGUGCUUUGGAAAACUCCAGAAUGUCUAAACAGGUUAUCGAGCAGGUGUUGGAAGCCAACUCGAGGAAGGGAUGUGUUGAGCUGCUGGAGCUCAGGCCUGAGCAGCUGACCAGUAAUGAUCUAGGAGGGGAACAGAUCUCAGUCCUGAUGGGUGAACCGUACUUCAGCACCAGUCUCCUACCCUGGCACUCCCUGUUCUUCUGGUACUGUCGGACCGCCCUGGCCGGCCUUCUCCGGCCCAACGCCACCAUCCUGCCCUGCUCUGCCACUCUUCACGUGGUGGCUGUAGAGUUCCAGGAUUUGUGGAGGAUAGAGCUCCGUGUGGAACAUGUGAGGGCUUUGAUGUCACCCCAUGGAUGAAAUGGUCCAGCGAUCUCUGGAUUUCCGUGAGUCCCGUGAGGCGGAGCCCCACCCUCUCUGGAGUACCCGUGCCGUGCUCUGACCCAGUCCACUAGCUGUCAUGACCUUUGACUUCACACAGUGUGUCCCUCAACAGCCAAUCAGCAGUCAGGGCUCGCUGCCUUUCACAAGGAUUGGUCGUUGCCAUGGUGUCGCGUUGUGGAUGGAAUAUAAGCUAACCGACAGCAUCACUGUCAGUGCCGGUCUGAUUGGAGCGAGUCAGUGAGCAG